AUGAAUGAUAAAGGCAAACGUAAAGCUACUAAAUAUCUUGAAACUGAUGGAAAUUUGCGAAUGUUUUGCAAAUUAUGUAAAGCGGCAAAGUUUGAUAAUGCAUUUACUCGAGGAACUAAUAUCUUUAAGAAAGAUAUUGUUAAAUGGCAUGAUGAAAAAGAUCUAAAGCAUCAAAAAGCAAAGGAACAGUUUUCAACAUUAGUACUUCAUCAAUUAAAUGAUACUGAUAUGAAAAUCAUAUGGCAAAUGAAAUGUGUUUAUUUUGCAGCUAAAAAGCAUCUUUCUUUUAAUGUAUAUCCUGAUUUAUAUAAUCCUCAAAUACUUAAAAUUUCUGCACUUAGUUUAGAAGAAUCUUCGGAAUACAAAGAUUAUGGAACCUAUUUAAAUUAUGUUGCAGCUCGAAAUUUUGCUAUAGCAAUC